UUUUCCGAUUAAAAUUGUACGAGUUUUGGUUUAUUUUAUCAAAAAUAUUACGGUUGGUAUCACUUGUGCGGCGUAUGUUUAGUUUGAAACAUAACCUCACCUCCCACGUUCUCGAAAUCCGUUGCAACUUGGGCACCACGUGCAAUUUUUUUCUUAAACUUUGAAUAUGGCGAUUGUAAACGCGAAAACUCCGAAUAAAAAACGCAAAAGUUUGGCUAACGAUAGUCAAGCCGAGAGCCCUAAAGCUGGUAAUAAAACGCCGGCGAAAAAUAAGUUUAACGCAAGCCCUGGAAAGGCAAAAACUCCCAAAGCAACACCGGGAAAGCUUGAAACCCCAAAAGCGACCCCCGGGAAGCCAAAAGCAACCCCUGGAAAACCCAAAACCCCAAAGGUCGAACCUGGAAAGCCAUUAGCUCUCAAUUCUUCCCCAUCUCAAAACAAUGCAGAUAAAAGUCCGAAACAGGAAAAACAGAAUAAAGGGAAAAGAAGUGCUAAUCUAAAAGACGAAACCUCGCCGCCUAAAAAAUUAAAAAUGUUCAAGGGAACAUCAACCCUUGGAGAUAAAAAGCCACAACAAAAUCAGGACAAGAAACCGCAAAAUAAGGCCAAGGAGUCACAGAAGAAAAAGCCCAAUCGUAAUUAUGCCCUUUUGAAGGAAAAACUUGUUAGUGGGGACCUAUCAGCACUCAACGUUAUUGAAAAGAAAAUUAAAGCGAUAGAGGAGCGCAAGGAAUUAACAAAAACGGCAAAACGUAAAUUAAAGUUAUUGAAAAAACUAAAGAAUGCCUCAGGUGGUGCAUCAGCUUCCAAGAAAAGGAAUGACCGGCGUAAGAAGGUUAAAGCCAAGCACGCUGAAGCCGAAAAACUUGAAAAGAAAUCUGCAGUCGUUAUAAAGCAAGAAAAGGAAGAAGAGGACUCGAGUGAAUCUGAUUAUGAAGUUGAGGACGAAAUUAAGCCUGGUACAAUUAUCAAGACUGAAAAUUUGAAAACUGAGGAGAGCGACGAGGAAGACAGUGAUGAAGAGGAAGAAAGCGGCGACGAAGAUGAUGAAUCUGCUGAGGAGGAGGAAGAAGAACAAGAAGUAAAGCAAACUCCGAAAGGUGGGAAAAAGAAAGGACAGGAGAAAAAGAACGACAUAAAAUCCAAGAAUUUGAAGUUGCAAGCCAUGAGGAAACAAGGACAAUUGGCAGGGAGUGUUAAAGAGAGUCAGAAGAGGUCAGCAAGGAGGGCCAAGAAAAACGCAAAAGUUAACGGCGGACCGUAAUUGUUGGUUUAUAGGAUUUAACUUUUUUAUUUGUUAACAUAAUAUUUGUGACGUGUAAGGGAGUUUACACAUUAGAAUAAAUCAUUAUACAACA